GGGUAACAAUCUUACCCCUUAUUGUGGAAACCUGUUGAGAAUCACAGAGAAUAUGCUGAAGGCAUAAAUGAUAGAAAGGACAAAAUAGGAAAGUGCGGUUGCUUCAUUCCAGCCUCGCUGUUACCUUUGUGCCCUGUUGGCUGUCUUCCCAGGACUGCUCUAGUUGUCUUCCAUGGACCUAAGGCAGAGCAAAUCCUCUAGGAGAAGCCCCACCAGUGAACGGAGACCCUCGAAGCUCAGGGCGCCAUGGCCACUUCAGCCCCACUACGGAGCCUGGAGGAGGAGGUGACCUGUUCCAUCUGCCUCGAUUACCUGCGGGACCCCGUGACCAUUGACUGUGGCCACGUCUUCUGCCGUAGCUGCACCACCGAUGUGCGCCCCAUCUCAGGGGGCCGCCCUGUCUGCCCACUCUGCAAGAAGCCUUUCAAGAAGGAGAACAUUCGACCUGUAUGGCAGCUGGCCAGCCUGGUGGAAAACAUUGAGCGACUGAAGGUGGACAAGAGCAGGCAGCCGGGAGAGGUGGCCCGGGAGCAGCAGGAUGCCAAGUUGUGUGAGCGGCACCGGGAGAAGCUGCAUUACUACUGCGAGGAUGAUGGGAAGCUGCUGUGCGUGAUGUGCCGGGAGUCCCGGGAGCACAGACCCCACACGGCCGUCCUCAUGGAGAAGGCCGCCCAGCCCCACAGGGAAAAAAUCCUGAACCACCUGAGUACCCUCAGGAGAGACAGAGACAAAAUACAGGGCUUCCAGGCGAAGGGAGAAGCUGAUAUCCUGGCUGCACUGAAGAAGCUCCAGGACCAGAGGCAGUACAUCGUGGCUAAGUUUGAGGAGGGCCAUCAGUUCCUGAGGGAGCGGGAGCAGCACCUGCUGGAUCAGCUAGCAAAGUUGGAGCAGGAGCUCACAGAGGGCAGGGAGAAGUUCAACACUCGAGGCGUCGGGGAGCUCGCCCGGCUGGCACUGUUCAUCUCUGAGCUCGAGGGCAAGGCACAUCAGCCGGCUGCAGAGCUCAUGCAGGACACCAGAGAGUUCCUAAACAGGUAUCCACGGAAGAAGUUCUGGAUCGGGAAACCCAUCACUCGGGUAGUUAAAAAGAAAACUGGAGAAUUCUCAGAUAAAGUUCUUUCUCUGCAGCGAGGCCUGAGGGAAUUCCAAGGGAAGCUGCUGAGAGACUUGGAAUAUAAGACAGUGAGCGUCACCCUGGACCCACAGUCGGCCAGCGGGUACCUGCAGCUGUCAGAGGACUGGAAGUGCGUGACCUACACCAGCCUAUACAAGAGUGCCUACCUGCACCCCCAGCAGUUUGACUGUGAGCCGGGGGUGCUGGGCAGCAAAGGCUUCACUUGGGGCAAGGUCUACUGGGAAGUGGAGGUGGAGAGGGAGGGCUGGUCUGAGGAUGAAGAGGAGGGGGAUGAGGAGGAAGAAGGGGAAGAGGAGGAGGAGGAAGAGGAGGCCGGCUAUGGGGAUGGAUAUGACGACUGGGAAACAGACGAGGAUGAGGAUUCGUUGGGUGAUGAAGAGGAAGAAGAGGAGGAGGAAGAGGAAGAAGUUCUGGAAAGCUGCAUGGUGGGGGUGGCCAGAGACUCUGUGAAGAGGAAGGGAGACCUCUCUCUGCGACCAGAGGAUGGGGUGUGGGCACUGCGCCUCUCCUCCUCGGGCAUCUGGGCCAACACCAGCCCUGAGGCUGAGCUCUUCCCAGCACUGCGACCCCGGAGACUGGGCAUCGCCCUGGACUAUGAAGGGGGCACUGUGACUUUCACCAAUGCAGAGUCGCAGGAACUCAUCUAUACCUUCACUGCCACCUUCACCCGGCGCCUAGUCCCCUUCCUGUGGCUCAAGUGGCCAGGAACGCGCCUUCUGCUGAGACCCUGAUCCCUAACACCUCCCCCUAGUUCCACAACCACGGAGGCUUCACUUCUUUGGAAUUCCAGGACUCUGACAGGGAGAAAGGCUGCCUCAUCUGAGUACCUGGAGCAGGGGAAUGGAGGGACCCCAUAUCCAUGGCCAGCCACCUCCCCAAUGUUGUGGCCCUCUGAGAUCUCAGUGCUCUUGGUCUACUGCCCUAAUUGGGCUCUUCUGCUCUCUCCUGCUGGUUUCCUAUGGGAAUUUCUGACCCUGAAGUCCAGGAGGGCUCCUUUCCUUUUUGACAACUGCCUUGGCUACAGCUCUGCACUCUCUUUGAUGAAUAAGGGCCCAAGGCAGCAUUUUAUUGCCCAGUAUGGCAAGAUCUGAGAAAGAUCAGUCUAUUGCACCAUAUUGCUGUCCCCAAGCCCUGUGGGUUCCCUCUUGCCCAAAUCCACUCUGCUGUCCACCUUCUCUGACAUUUUAGACAGACCUACCCCCACCCCAACUCAGAGUUAAGCAUAUGUGAAAAUACUUAAACAGUGAAUAUCUAUGGAGGCUUUCCAGGCCAUCUGAGUCCUGGCGUGCCAAUGGAAAUCAUUUCAUGGGGUCCAGAGGAGAAUCCAUGCUUUUCUAAAACCAGGGAUGAGCACAGGAGGCUUCCAUAGCCAAGGAGAGGGUGGACUCCCUAGAGCCAGCUGGUUUUGGGGGGAAGGAUCUAGAUACAUGUGGUUUUGGGGUACUAGUUGUGGUCAGUGAUCAAUAAAUUAUCUCUGGAUUGGCCCUUGUGAGGGGAGUUUUUAAAAGAAUUCAGAACACCCCGCUCUUGUACAGCACGUCUAAAAACGCUAGGGCAAUUAUCUAUUGGAGUAUUACCUUCCCUGCCUCAGAAGUUUGGACCAGGUUCCCCAGGAAAGUAUUAAGCUUCAGUCCUUGGCUCUACUCAGCAUCCAGGUUCUACUUUCCUAGGAGGAAUUGGAGAUGGGAAGACAGGGCAGUGUGGGGAGAGGAAAGGAAUGCAGCAGGAGGCCACAAACCCAACAGGUCUUUAUGUCAGGAGAAGGCAUCAAGUGUCUCCUCACUGUCCAUUUACCCAGCCUAUGUCUCAGCCUCUCUCCAGACCUUCCUAGCACCCAGAGUUUAACACAAGCUCCCUGCUCAGUCAAAUUGAUCCAAUCUUGUUUUUACUAUUCCAAGUGCUCUGCCAGCCCCCGUCUUAAACCAGGAUUUAACUCCUUCCCCCUGCGCUAAGAUAUUGCUCCUGCCACUCUAGGUCUCGGUGGUCUCUUAGUUACCACGUUGUCUUGGAGUUGCCCACUUUGUGUCACAUGCUGCCUGAGUCACAUGUACAUCUUAUUUCUGCUUCUAGUUUUGUAAGCUCCUGGAGGGCGGAUAUCGUAUCUCUUGUAUUCUCCGUGGCACCUAGUGCAGUGCUGGGCACAGAGUAGGUGCUCAAUAAAGACUUGUUGAAUGAGC